AUGCCGGGAAUUCUGCCAAUGAAAGUGAUCAAGGUGGGCACCAGCUCGCAAAGUCGCAUCGCUCAAGCCUGCGACAGGUGCCGUUCGAAGAAGAUAAGGUGCGACGGCAUUCGCCCGUGCUGUUCGCAAUGUGCCAACGUCGGCUUCGAAUGCCGCACAAGCGACAAACUCAGCCGUCGCGCGUUCCCUCGAGGAUACACGGAAUCGCUCGAGGAGAGGGUGAGGGUGCUCGAGCUUGAGGUCAGGGAACUGAAGGAUCUCCUAGACGAGAAGGACGAGAAGAUCGACAUGUUGUCCAAAAUGCACGGCCAGAGCCGUCACCGUCGACCCUCCGUCAGCUCCCCAGGCAGCACGUCGUCGGGAGAAGUGAGUAGGGAAGUGGUGCAGCCGGUCAAGGAGGACACAUUUCGGGUUCAAGCGUCGCCACUCCUACUCGGCGUUGAGAACUCUGAUUCGUACUUCAUGGGCCCGUCUAGUGGUCGCUCUUUUAUCGAGGUAUUCAAGCGCAAGAUUCAGGAGAUGGGAAGGUCGUGCUCAGACUUCAAUCCUGAGGCUUUCCUUCACAUCCAAGGCUGCCAGCCCUUGGUGGAGAAUCCGCCAUCGUUAUCAAUGAAGAUACCGCCACGGCUGUUCACCGACCGUUGUGUCAACGUCUAUUUUCAGGAGAUCGCGCCACUCUUCCCAGUCAUCCACAAGCCUACCUUCCUUCGAUUGUAUGAAGAGUUCGUCGCCGAUGCCGACAAGAUCAAGAGCAACCACAAGAAUGCUCAGCUCUACCUCGUCUUCGGCAUCGCUGCGGUUUCGAGCGAACUUCCCGACACCGAGCAGAUCGCUGCCUGCGAAGUCCAAUGGCAAAAAGCACUUGAUGCGAUUCUGAUGGAAAACACCAUGAACACCUUGCAGAGCCUAGUCCUCGCCCUGAUCUACUGCAGUAUCAGGGCCGACUACAAACGGUUGUUGCACUACAAGAGCGUUGCCGUCGGGCUCUCUCACCGUCUCGGCUUGCACCAAAGCCAGAAGCGUUUCUCCUUCGGCGCACUCACCAUCGAGACGCGAAAGAAGGUGUUCUGGACCCUCUACACCCUUGAUUGCUUCUCUGCUGCCGUCCUGGGACUUCCUAAAGCAUUAAAGGAGGAGGACAUCCACGCCGAAUAUCCCUCUGACUGCGACGAUGAGUAUGUCACAGAAAAGGGCUUCCAACCCACUCUGCCUGGCGAGUACACGAAACUGUCGAGUGCCCUGGCAUUGUUCAGGGCAUCUCGCAUCCUUGCCAAAGUGCUAGAGAAGAAUUACCCAGCAGCCACUUCGCAUGAUUUGUCCCUGCAACAAAUUUCGGCGUUAGAUACGGAACUGUCUGACUGGUGCGAUACGUUAUCAACUCAUCUCAAGCUCACUUUUGCCCAAGACAAGCCAUCGACCGAUGUCACGGGCAGUAGGUCACCAUUACUAGCACUCGCAUUCUACUACAUUCGCACUCUGAUUCACCGUCCGGCGGUUGGCUCCAGCCUAGGGCCCAAGGCUGCAUCGUCUCUUCUGACUAUCGGCGAGUCAAGCAAGCACAUCAUUCAGAUCAUCCAGCUUCUGGAAGAAAGAGGCAUGUCCUUCGCCUUCUGCCUGAACAAGACCGACGUAAUCGCGCUAUGCGGCAUGACUCUACUGUACCAGACCCUGGAUCUCAAACAUGACGGCAAGCUGAUGAAGGACGCUGAGCGGCUUGUCAACGGGUCACUGAAGCUCCUUCAGAAAGCGAAGGCACCGGGAACCUUCGAGCUGAAGCGAGUUGCCUCGACGCUGAUCUCUGUCGACGCACCAUCUCCACGGGCUGCACCGGCUCGCAAGGCAAGCCCUGAGACCAACAUGGCUGCGCCACCGUCAAGAGCGUCACCGCCGCGAGCAUCCAUACCCCCGAAGAAGUCAGCAUACAGCAUUGGCCGGCAUGCAAGUGCGAGCGUGAGCGAGACGGAUUUGUUGUCGCAGCAGGAGAAGCUUCGUCGCAUGACCACGCCGACCAUCUCUAACGGCCGUCCUGAGUUAUACCGCUCGCAGUCGCGCGCCUCCCUGGAAAAUGGCACUCAGGAUCAGUCCAUGCCUCGUCGUGACCAUCGCUUUUCCAUAUCUCAAAUCCAGCAAAGCAUGAUGCGUAUGUCUCCGGGACAGAAUGCGAAGCCGAACCUCGACUACUUGUCACUGAAUAACACGCCAGCUGCCUCGCAACCAACAUCGCCAGUUCAGAAACGUAUGCCAACAGCCCAGGUCACCACGCAACCUCCGCAAGUUCAAACACCGCUGUACCCGACGAACCCACCGGCGAAGCAUGGGGGAUCUGGCAGUGGUAUUUCCGCGUCUGAGUGGGAGGCCCUACUGGGCGCCAUGGACGGGGGCCAAAUCAACGUAUACGAUGCGAUUUACGGCGGCCCAGCCAUAUCACUCAACGAGACACCGACUCCUACGAAUACGAGUUACGGAGAGUGGUCGCCCGACUCGUGGGAUCUGGCCAGCUUCAACAUCGGAGAUUUGGCGUCUAAUCCAGCUGCGCCGCAAAGUGUAUUUAGUCUGAGCGACGACAGCCUCAGCUCGGGAGAUGAUUUGACCACGAAUGAUCUGUUCCUGAGCAUGGGGAACGAGGACUUCCAUAGCGGUGGGUUGCAACAGUCCAGGCCUGCAAAUGAUGGUGGGCUGAUUAUAGACGGUCUGGAUUUGAAUUUGGGGUUGUGA